CCCCAGUCCCCAGAGUUCCAGUUAAGAGGUUAAGAGGGUCUGCAGUCCCUCAAUUUGUUCUUCUUGGCGACGUUUGGCCUUUCGCAACUUCACUUCCCUCUUCAUCACAACAACAAACGAAAUAACGAAUUCACCCUGCACAGAUGAUGGCUUUCCCGAUCUGAGAGUCGCAUCUGAAUUAUACAAACAUAAUACAACAUUCUCGCCCUUCAUUCACUCUCGCAACCGUAGCUUUACCUGGUACGUUCGCCCUCUUUCCUAUCACCGAAACCGAGCCAAAUCCAAGGUCCAAUCUGGUGCCAGAGGAGCAUAAUUGCUUGGAGUGGCAGGGAUCGCCGAUUCUUUCAGAGGGCCUCUCAGUCGUGUGUUCACGGUGUUUACGCUUUACGCUGUUUACGAACUACUCCCCCCAUACCUCCCACCCCCUCAAUUGAUACUGGCAGCGCAUCAAACACGACUUGCGAUUCUUGCAUAUAUUGACUCUCUUACCUUCAAUCGAACCAUUCUCACGACUUAUACAACUUGCAACUUUGCUUGAUCAAGUUCAGAUAAUUCAGAAUACGACGGCUCCUUCUAUAAACGAGGGAGGGCGCGUCAAUUGACGUCCUGGCGCCCCACCGUAGUGCUGAUCCUCAUUUCUCGAUAUGGCUUUCUCAGGAUUUACCUCGCCUACAGGGCCCGACAAUAGUAGUGUCACAACCUCGUCUCUGAAUAGAGCCAGGUCUCACAGCAUCUCCAGUGAUCAACCCUCAGCAAACGGGCACAGCGCGAUGCUUUCACCUCCAGCACUCGUUCAACCGCAGCCGCUCUUUCUUGCCAUUUCAGCGGCCUCACAGAUCGUCACAAACGACCAUGAUAGCCAUUCCGAAGCCUGGUUUGACCAGCAUGGCCUCGAACCUUCCGGAGAGAUCGCCUUGGUCAACCCAGGGGCACUGAAGUUGGUAAACAACUUUCUCGAUCAAUUACUCUUCAACUUUCUCGCCAUCUCGAAAUCAACAUCUCUUGCUUCGCUUAGGCCCGCUGUGGUCGAAACCCUAAAGCCGAAACUUGCAAAGGAGGCAAUUCACCAAGCCGACCAAGAAUUGGAGGAAUACUUGGGAGGUGGUGACGAUGAAGAGCUGAUCUCAUUUCACAAUGGCAUUGAGCCGAGUGGAGACUGGGAUUUGGAGCUGGUGUGGAAACGCACACGUCUACGCUGCAUGGUGUAUUCAUCACUGGGCGAUAUGGAAGAGGAGGAUGAAGAUCACUACACAGAGCUGGACCACUUGGAUGGCCCGCCAGGAUCUACCAACAGAUACUCCAACUCGUUAGGCGUGGUCUCACCUGCAGUUGCGAUCUUCCUGACUUCAAUUCUCGAAUUUAUGGGCGAGCAGGCAUUGACCGUAGCAGGACAAGCCGCGUACCACCGCAUUCGCUCAAAGCAGCAAAAAGACGAGAGAGAUGGAAGCAGCGUCCCCAAGAACGUGGCAGACCGUGUCGUUGUUGAAGACGUCGAUAUGGAGCGCGUUGCCCUGGAUAGGACACUUGGCAGGCUCUGGAGAGGGUGGAAGAAACGCAUACGCUCUCCUAACGCAUCUAUUUCACACAGCGUUCGCCGAUCUUACUCUAGAAACUCGAUGCAAUCGCGUCCUCACAGCCGCAGAGGCAGCCUCGCCCCAGAGCACCAAGUUCCCGAAAUCAACCAUAGAUUUCAGGACACUCCGAUCAACGAACCCGAAGAAGAAGACGAGGGCCACCCACAACCGACAGCAAACGAUGAGGAACCCGUGCUUUUCGAAGCGACCAUCCCACUUCCAAUGGGCGAAGAUGAUGUGAGAGAAAUCGAGAUACCCGGAGUUGCAGACCAGAGUGGAGACGAGGCAGAUGAUGAGGUGGACGAGCCCAAGCAAUAUCGCCGUAAGAGCAUGAUGAUUUUCACAGCCAACACCAAAGGCCUCCCUACACCGACCAACUCGCAACCCGCAACACCCGGUUUCCUUUCCGCCGAGUCGAGGAAGCGAUCCCACUCUCUGCCAUCUCCAGCGGCCUCGGCUUUUGCUUCGCCAAUGAAAAGGCGCAAGUCAACCGACGAGGAUAAAGAACCAGCUGUGGAACAGGACAAGGAAUCCGAAAUCCCAGCACUUUCCAGGACCGUGUCGCAAGACUCUGAGGAUACUUAUGUCUUGGCCGCUGAGGAGCCUUCCAAGGAGUCGAAGAUUGUAUCUCAAAUCCCGAGAGAAUUGGAUGCCGAGAAGUCAUCGGAAUCGGAGACGGUCUCACACUCUAAAAAUGAGUUAUAUAGUUCUCACAAAGGUGGGUUGAUUGCCAGAGUUGCAGCUGGCGCUACUGCAAUCGGAGCCCGUCCCGCGAGCGUUCGUUCCAAGCGAUCCGCCAGUGUGCACUCGAUCCGCUUGAUUGAAGUGUCUUCGCCUCGCAGGCCAAGUUCAUGUCACGCAUCUAGUGAUCUUACUUCACGUCCUCCGAGUCUGAAGGGUGCUGAAGGUACAGACGCGGCAGCUUCGCGGGGUACCAGCCCAGUCCAGAAGACACCAUCAGGCAGCCCCAUACUCAAGGCCCCAUCUCCUUUGAUUAACCAGGUCAGCAAGGACUCGGAGGCUUCUCUACCGGAAGUUAUUGAGCCUGAAAACCUAGGACUGGGAUUAUAUGUCGCUACCGUUCCUCGAUCUGUUCCGGUUCCUGUCCGCUCUCCCCUGCGCGAAAGCCCGAAGACCAAACUUACCUCGGAGACAUUAUCUGUCCAGGAUACUCAGUUUGCCGUCAUCCCACAGGAUUCUUAUCGUAACUCGAAUUUUUUUCUCGGCACAGCACCUCGUCCAAAAUCUACACGCGACGCUGAUUCUCUGGCAGCCCCUAGCACACCAGCAUCUCUUAAACCGACAUGUACAGAUCAGGUGGACUCGCCAGGCAGUGGAACUUCCGCCCCACCUCUUACUCCUCUCCGUGAGAUGAUGGAAAAUGCACCAGACACCUCGGAUGAAGCUUCCUCUAUUGCUCCAAGCUAUUCCGAUGCCUCGAUUUUCCAGUCUGAUCUCCCAGCGGGAAGCUAUUCUGGACCAGGCAGGAAAGACGCUCACACCCGAAACCGAACGAAUGCAUCCGAUCGAUCAGUCGCCAGAUCCUCGCCCCCACGCUCACACCGUGAGGAGGACACGGGCCCCAAGCCGGAGUUCCUCAACAAGUCAGCUCGACAGGGCUCGUCGAGCUCCUCCAUCAAGUCUUACAAGGUCCGACCUAUUCGCACGUCCGAGGAGAGCACUAGUGCAAUUGAGGACAAGGGACAGACUUUCGAGCAACUUAUUCGGAGCGAGACGACCCUUCAGUACACCCUGACGCCUUCCAAUAUGCGCGGCAUUGAUGACAUCCCCGAGAGCCCAUUGCUUCCAAGGCAGAGCAGCUUCGGACCACGAUCCACGCCACUUGGCUCGCCCAUGGUCGCCAGCUUCUUCGGUGGCAAUUCUGCAAGCUCGCCUAAAGUCUCAACAUUCUUUGGCAAUGGUAAAGAGGCGUCUGAUAUCCCGAAGUCACCGGUGGGCGGUACUCGUUUUGCUCCAAACCCUGCUGUGAGAUCUGCUCCUCCUCCAAAGUCUGGGGCACGUGUCAGGCCAAACGCGCCACAGGCGAGAGAUGCCAAGGUUACGAGCGAGUCGAUCAGCGAUUUUGCAAACUUCAUUAGAUCUACUGGGCCGCCCCAGAGCCGUGAUAGCUUUGCUGUUCAGCCACCACCUCGUCAAGCUAAUAUCUCGGCUCAUCUAAUCAGCGCUCCGUCCGUGCCAAUUGUCGUGGCCAAGUCUCUGGCUUCAACCGGAAACCGCAAUCGCCUUCAAGCUCGCGAUGCAGUGGUCCAACGGGACAAUCUGUCGUCUUCGGAGCUGAUUGACUUCAUUCGUCAGGGACCACCGAGUGACAAAAGCCAUGACAACCCCAGAAUCCCCCGUACUGUCGCUCCAUUCCGCACCACCAUGGACUCGGACCAAAUGUCCACCGCACUCUCUGGCAAUCGCCUCUCCACCCUCCCAGAGGGCCGCGACCCCCACAUGAAUUUCUCCAUGGACACAUCUAUACACACCUCGACCACAGCCAAUUCUAGCUCAGCGAUGAAGAAGCCCGCCCUGCCAGAGGUCCAUCUCGAUGCGUUCGACGAAAAGGACAUGAAGCCGAAGCGCAAGACCCACCGUGUCAAGGAUCCGUAUGCUAUCGAUUACAGCGAUGAUGAAGAUGAUGAGGAUGAGUUCACCCUUCCCGAGGGUCCUCCCAAGCGCGUUGAAGAAUCGCUCAUCGACUUCUUGAACAGCGUCCCUCCACCUGACACGUCGACCAUGAGCUCCAUCUUCGACGAGCCUACCGCGCCCCCACCAAAGAAGACAAUCAUGGCGCGCUUCUCGCGCUCCAACUCCGCGGCCUCAUCCUCCUCCACUUCAACCCGCAACUCGGUGCUUGCGCGCAACAACGUCCUUCCGCGCAACUCGUCCCUCCCGCAGCACCCCUCCGCCUCCCCCAAGACCAAGAAACACACACCAAUCUCUCCCUCCUACUCAACCACCCCGCCCCGUCCCCGCUCCAACUACGCUUCUCAUGUCACCCUACAGCGAAAGCCGGGAUCGCGUGCCAGCCAGAAGCCGUCUCCACGCGAGGCCACGCACUCCCGCAACACGCCCUCUUCAGACCUCGCGGACUUCCUCACGAACACCCUGCCCCCACCUAGCUCGCGGCCUAUCGCGAAGGAGCAGGGCGGAUUCUCGCGCAUGUUCGGGCGCAGGAACAAGGCUGUCUAAACGGCUGAGACGGGCAUUGGAGGACGAGUUGACACCUUCAAACAUCUGGGGUACUACUGGUCCACUCAACUUUUUCGAUUUUUUGUUUAUUACGACGCCUUCACUCUCUAUGGCGUUUUCUCUCUCAUAUUUGGGCCGGCGGCACGGGGCGAAAAAACAAAAUCUCCGCUCGGUGUUUCCGAGUCCUGGUCAAAACUUGCUACACUACUACUGCUACUACUACUUUUACUGGACUUUUCUCUUACUCCGUUUUAUCGGCGCCUAAUCUACUUGCUGCAUCCCCCCUGACGACUGGGACGAAAUCUAAAAGUGGUUUGGCGUACUGAGAAAAACCGGCAAAUCGCAAUCGCUAUCAUUGUCUUAUUUACCCCUUUCUUUGCUACUACUACUGCUACUACUACUAUCCUGUGUCUGUACUUUGCUAGAUACCGGGCCCAGCUUGCUUCUGCUGUUUUUUGCAGCUGGGCCUUUUUUUUUGUUCGCGCUGUUUGGAUUCGAUUUGGGGUGGCAUGGAAGCGUUGGGUUUUACUUUUUGUGUUUUUGGCUGGUGGCUUUUGGCUUCGGCUUUUGGCUUCGGCUUUGGGAAGUAAUACGGGGGGUAUACUUUUUGAGAAGACGGAUGGGAGGGGUGGAUCAGGGAGGAUGAUCAUUUGUGAAGGAUAUUUUGAGUCUUGUUGUGUGAUACGAAUGUAUACAUGAAAAUAAUGCAGUCAAGAAAUGGGGGGUAGCGAAUAGCGACGAUUAAUUUGACA